AAGAACGUAGGUAAAUAAACAUGUCACUUGCAGAAAGAUGAGUUUUUCGUGGCUGCCGCUCAAUUUUUUUAAUUUUCCGCCGAAACAGUCUGCGUAAAAGACAAAAUGAACGUCUUUUAAUGACCUUCGUGUUGAUAGUUCAUCAUGACGAAGAAAUUCGAAUUCGACUGGCACGUCCCAGUGCCAGAGCCCCUUCGAACUGGGUGCUUCAUGGACAGGUGGACCGAAGAAAAAGAUAACACCGAGUUAGAACAGAGGGCUUUUUUCAAAGUCGACGAGUAUGGAUUCUUCAUUUACUGGAAAAGCGAAGGCAGAGAGGGAGACGUGAUCGAGUUGUGUCAAGUAAGCGAUGUUCGGGCUGGGGGUCUUCCAAAAGAUCUGAAGCUUUAUAGCCAGCUUGUUAAUAAGCAUGGGCCAGAUUUAGAGGACAAAUCUCUCACCAUUUGUAGUGGUACUGACUACAUAAACAUCAAUUAUCAACAUAUUGUGUGCCCUAAUAGCGAAACGGCCAAGAUCUGGCAGCAAGGUUUGAGGAGCAUUACUCACAACAAUAAAGUUGUUAACGUUUGCCCAAGAACUGCCCUGAUGAAACACUGGAUGCGUCUUGGCUUUUUGGUGGAUGCUAGAGGGAAAGUACCCGUGAAAGUAGUAGCGCGUACUUUCGCCUCUGGCAAGACUGAGAAACUUGUCUACCAGUGUUUGUCAGAUCUUGAUUUACCUGGAGGUAAAAAUGAUGUUAUAGAACCAGAGGACUUCACAUUUGAUAAGUUUUACGCCUUGUAUCAUAAGAUUUGCCCGAGAAAUGACAUCGAGGAGUUAUUCAGGAGCAUCACGCAAGGAAAAACAGAUUAUAUGAAUCUUGAACAAUUCAUAAAUUUUUUGAAUGAGAAACAGAGAGAUCCGCGACUCAACGAAAUUUUGUAUCCCCAUUACGACGCUAAAAGAGCGUCAGAAAUUAUUACCACUUAUGAACAAGAUGAAGCUGCGAGAGCUGCGAAUAGACUAACCAAAGAUGGAUUGAUCAGAUAUUUGAUGUCGGAUGAAAAUGCGCCAGUUUUUCUCGACCGAUUGGACAUUUACAUGGACAUGGAUCAGCCACUGUGUGCUUAUUACAUCAAUUCUAGUCAUAAUACUUACUUGAGUGGUAGACAGUUUGGAGGAAAGUCUUCUGUAGAAAUGUACCGUCAAGUUCUGUUAGCCGGUUGUCGCUGUGUAGAACUUGAUUGUUGGGAUGGAAAGGGUGAAGAUGAAGAACCUAUCAUCACACACGGAAGAGCCAUGUGCACUGAUAUACUCUUUAAAGACGUAAUUUAUGCCAUUAGAGAUACAGCUUUCGUUACAUCUGACUAUCCUGUAAUCCUAUCCUUUGAAAAUCAUUGUUGCAAAACCCAACAGUACAAACUGGCGAAGUAUUGUGACGAAAUUUUGGGUGAUUUAUUAUUGAAGGAACCGUUAGAAGACUAUUCCUUAGAACCAGGAAUACCGCUACCACCUCCUUCUUCAUUGAAGAGAAAGAUAUUAAUCAAAAAUAAAAGGUUGAAGCCAGAGGUAGAAAAGCAAGAGCUUGAAUUGUUCCGGCAGGGAGAAUUUGUUAUUGAAGACGAAGAAAAGGAAGACGCUAGUGCGUCAGCUGAUAGACCCAUUCCGCCAGAUAUUUCGGCCGAGACACCAGCUACGGAAUGUACUCCUGGUGAAGGUGACAUCGCCACUACUAAUAUACAGUAUGUGGGAUCCACAACCAACGUACAUCCGUGGCUGAGCUCCAUGGUAAACUACGCUCAACCAGUAAAAUUUCAAAGUUUCGAUUAUGCCGAAGAACGGAACAUCCACCAUAACAUGUCGAGUUUCUCCGAACCCGCCGGUUUAAGUCUUCUAAAGUGCCAAGCCAUCGAUUUUGUCAAUUACAACAAACGCCAAAUGUCCCGCAUUUAUCCCAGUGGUGCAAGAGCCAACUCUUCCAAUUACAUGCCUCAGGUUUUCUGGAAUGCUGGUUGCCAAAUGGUUUCUUUAAAUUUCCAAACUUCCGACUUACCAAUGCAGUUGAAUCAGGGCAAGUUCGAAUACAACGGCAACUGUGGUUAUUUGUUGAAACCAGACUUUAUGAGGAGACAUGACAGAACUUUUGACCCUUUCGCCGAAAGUCCCGUAGACGGCGUGAUCGCUGCUCAGUGUUCAGUACAAGUUAUAGCAGGUCAAUUCUUGUCUGACAAAAAGGUCGGUACCUAUGUCGAAGUCGAUAUGUAUGGUUUACCCACAGAUACUAUAAGAAAAGAGUUUAAAACGCGUAUGGUUCCAGCGAAUGGUUUGAACCCUGUGUACAAUGAGGAACCCUUCCUUUUUCGAAAAGUCGUUCUUCCCGAUCUAGCUGUAUUGCGUUUUGGAGUAUAUGAUGAAAACAGUCGACUAUUGGGACAACGUAUUUUACCCUUGGAUGGCCUACAAGCUGGAUAUAGACAUAUUUCAUUACGAACAGAAGCCAAUUUUCCUAUGUCUCUUCCUAUGUUGUUCUGUAAUAUCGAACUUAAAAUCUACGUUCCUGACGGCUUUGAAGAUUUCAUGGCUGCCUUAAGCGACCCGAGAGGAUUCAUGGGUGCUCAACAAAAGCAAAAUGAGCAAAUGUCUUCGAUGGGAAUCGAAGUUACCGAUAAUAAGGGCCUAGAUAGAAAAGAUAAAGAAAGAGAAGAAAGAAAAGAAGAACCGCUGGUUUUCGAAGCAAUUACUAUAGAAUCGAUUAAGCAAGACAAGGCAUUCCAAAAGACCACAAAAAAACAGCAGAAAGAAUAUGACACCUUGAAAAAGAAGCAAACGAAAGAGAAAUUAGGAAUACAAAAAUCGCAGUGUGCCGCCAUCGACAAAUUAAUUAAGGGCAAAAAUAAAAGUGAUUUGGUUAAUGACCCGGCAGUACGUAAACUGGUAACCGAACAAACUUUGGAAUGGAGCACUCUGAUGGAACGUCAUCGAAAACAAGAGUGGGAGUUUUUGCGAAACCAGCUAGACGAACAACGCGAUGCUUUAAAGAGACACAUGCAAAUAUUGCAGGCUGCUCAAAUGAAACAAUUAGAAGCCAAACAUGACAGAGAAAUGAAAGAAAUGAACAGCCAACAAGCCAAAAUAUCCGUUGAAACCGCAAAAGAAGUCGCCAAUGACAAAAACUUGAAAACCAAACGUGAUAAAGAACGGAGAUUAAAAGAGAAGCAACAAAACAACACAAAAAGAUUUGUCGAAGAACGAAAAGCAGCGGCGAACAAACAGUUAAAAGAAAAAGAUAAGUUAAAAAUGAAACAUGAUAAACAGCUGGAAAUGUUGUCCCACGACAUUCAAAAGAUGAUUGAUAUGUACAAAAACGAAGAACUUGAGUAUGAAAUGUCAAGUAAAAGCGAGUUUUUUGCGUAAGGACCAAUGUUUUUUUAUUUAUAUUGUAGUUGUAGUUUUAAUAUAAACGUCAAAUUCUAGUCCUAAAGUUAAUUUGUUAGUUUUUGUAUUCUUCAUGUUUAUAUUAUACUCGUACUCACUAUUACCAACAUGUACAUCUUAAGAAGGAAAUGGUACUAAUAGAUUUGUUAUGGAUUUUUUGUUCCUAAAUAAAUUACGUAAUGUUAAAAUUAAUAUAAAUUUUAUGUCAGAUUUACGAUAAGUUUUAGAGAGUUGUUAAGAAAGGUUGAUAUCGCUGGAGGCGAAGCUUUUGUGAGUAUUAAAAAAACACUAAUACAAGUGGUUAAAGCGAUAUUGAUUCUCUGUGUAUUCCACCUUUUGGAGCUUAGUGUCCAAUAAAUUGCCAAGGCAAA